AUGGAACGCAGUUGUACGUCGCCGGGUUCGGGCGGGGUCCGUGGUUCGUCUCGAAUGAUAAUCACAUGUGGCAUCCUGUCAUCUCUCACGAGGCCUUCGUCAACGCGUCUUACGUUUCGCGUCUCUCGAUGGAACCGCCAUCUCUCAUCACCACCACAUUACCCCAGCGUACGUCCCAUGGACGCCGAACAGCAACUGAGAGCGCUCGCGGAUACGCUUGCGCCCCGUACCGCCCAGCAGUACAAGCUCUACCAAACCAAAUACAUCCAGUGGUGUCGCGCGCAGGGUCUGGUACGAACCCCAACGGCGCAGACCCAGCAGACCCAGACCAACAACGUUUAUGCUGAUGUCGUGGUCACGUCGCCACUGGCACAUUGGUUCAUACUUGCUAACUACGUGUGCGCGCCAAAUGCCUCGUUAGGCCCGUCUGCGCUGCGUAAGAUUUUCAGCGCACUGCGACUGUUAUACCGCAUCUGCAAAAUCUACGACCCCGCGUACCCGUUUGUACUGAACAACGAAUAUCUUGAGGCUGUCGUACGAUUGCACGUCAAUGCUCAGGCGGAUCAACCGAACCAUGGACCCAGUGGUGCUACGCCGCUCGUUACCGUCUCUGCAAAUCUCUGGAGCUCACACGCGCCAGGUUUGAGUGACAAGUUUUUCCGCGGUGGACUCGAAAAAUUGAGGUUUCUUGUCGAUUUCCACGUCCAGCAAUACUGGCAUUUGCAAUUUUCAGACCGGGCUCAAAUUAAAAUGGGAGACUUGUUUGCACGCGACGACGUUUUGCUCUCCAAGCGGAACGUUACCGUUGAAAUCGCCACGUCGGAUCUCGAAACCAAGUCCGCGACACCUGCCACAGAGAAGCUCGCGCUUCUCGCUCAAAAUGCACCUUGGGCUUGCCCACUCGUCACGCUCGCCGCAUAUUUCUACCUACGAUUCUACGGCGCCAGUAAGCGCUACAGAGGCGACGGCUUCCCAGAUUUGCUUGACGAAAUGGACGAGUGGGCACAUUUGCCGCUCGUCAGAGGUAAGUCGCUCGACAAGUACCCACGCGAAGAGACCGUGAGCAAUUACUACGCAGAAGUGUUCCGGUACUGCCAUUUGCCUUAUAAACGGCGCGAAUACUUCCACAAUCGCGGUGCCGAUAAUUGCCAGUACCCUGCACUAACCGCUGAUGACGCGACCCAGUUGCAUGCGAUAGGGAAAGGCGCUCAAUCCGAGUAUUUCCCGGACGAUAUUCCUUUGGACUUCUUGCGACAAAUGAACCGGUAUCCGCUCAAUGAUGCCCCCAUCGUCAACCGCGCUCCAAAAAUGCCAGCAGUGCCGAGGAGUCUAGAAGUACAAAUUUUUCCCGAGAUAGAGGAAUAUCUCCGGAAAUUGGAACAUCUUUCCGAGCGAGGUCGCAAAUUUCUGGAAGUAAUGCUUCUGCUGCGCGCAAGACUCCUGUACGCCAUGCCUUUAAUAAACCAUUUUUUCCCCGAACAUGACCUGUUUGCCGAUUCCAUCUUCCAGACGCCCGAGUUCCAAAGCUAUUUCGAAGAGACCAUCAACGGGUACACGCUAAGACACGAGCUGGAAAAUUUCAAUCCGAUGCCUAAUUUCGCCGAAACGCAUGACCCUGGUCCUCUUGCAAGGCCUCCAAAUUCCAGAGAAGUUCUAACGCUACCCGAGGAAGCGGUUUCUGACCAGGCGUCUGUGUUGUCGUACCUUCGAGAUCAGACUUUCCAAUUCGUCCAAUACCAGACCGCGACGAAUUUCCACAUGCUCAUAUCGCUGCUUACCAAAGUGUUCGAGAAGUUAGAAACGAAGAAAAGUAACCGUGAAUACAUAAUCCAUCAGCUUAACGCUCUGGAAAACACGCUCAAAAAUCGAAUAGCGGCUUCUUCACCGCAAGAACUCAAAAAAGAGUACGAGCUUAACGUACAUGCUGCGAGGCUCCCCGGCGAAGCUCAAAGCGACAACAGCGAUAUCGAUAACGACCAAGGCGAAAGUCCCGAUUCUCAAAGCAACGGCGACGAUGACGCGGCUUUGCCUGAAGAGUUCCACACCCUCGUCGCAGAGAUCAUUGAUUUCAAAUUAAGACAAUCUACAGAUGGACAUUUCCGGGAAUUGGCAAGACAAGUGGACCGUCAUUUGCAGGAACAGGUCAAGACAUUGGUCCGCGACGAGAUACGAAGCCAGCUCAGCCAGUUGAAAGGUGGUAACUAUUCUCGAGACAGUGAAUCACAAUCGCAAUUGAUUCCAGCGAAAAGAGAACGGGAACUAUCCGUGACAGACACCGAAGAAGCCACGUUCAACAUUCAGGCCGAUCUGAAUGACAUAGAGGACGUUAUAUUAGAAUGGUUCACUCCAAAUCCGAAUCAAAAUAAUUACUGCAUCCAUUCCAUGAACAAGGAUUUCGGACGCGAGUGGAGGACUAAGAACGCGGCCAUCUCGGCGCUGUAUCGACAGCGGAAAACGAUCGUCGAAUUUUACAUUUUCUUGGUCAAUGCCGAGAACAAAGAUAGGUACGAAGCGGUCUCGAUCUGCGAAAGACUCAGAGGCAAUCGAUCGCUCGAGGAUUACAGUAACUGGUUGAGGGACCAAAAGCGCGCCAAUGGUAACUCUUACGCCAAGUUGUUGUCGGAGGAAGCUACUGGCGUUAUGGGCACGUGA